CAAUUGACAUAUGUUGAGUACUUAAACCUUUCUUCAUCAAGUUCUACGCGCGAAAAUAACUCGACUCGUGCCCGCUAUCCCUGCUAUCCCUAUCGUGGUCGUCCAUUCAUCGUGUGGUCUUCGUUGUGGUUCAAAUAUGCGUGAAGUUUUUUUCGCCACCCAUUAACUUACAAAGAAAUGUGACCUGACCUUGAUAUCUAUAUAGCUUUUUUUUUUGAAAUUUUGAAGGGUGGAGCCUUCAGCGCUCAGGAGCUCCGGGUGUAGUUGCGCUGUGUGGCGCGAGCUGUCUCAGCGGCAGCUGUAGUAGUACCUACUGCAGUUGUUUUCAGAGAAGCUCGUGCGGACACCACGACGCUAAGAACCGCUGCACCAAACAAACUCGCUUGUAGGUCAUUUGCAACUUGGCGGCCUUUGUUCCCCAGGGUAAGUGUCCUACAACAGCGAUGAUAGGUAAGAUGUAGUACCGACUCCGAGCAGAAUUUCUCUUGGAGAAGCCCGAGCCAGCUACCGCUGCGGCCAUAAUCAAAUUAAAACGAGAAGAAUCUUCAGAAGAAUUUGCCGUCCGUCGUGCUGUUUUUACUCAUUAUUCGCACGGAUAAGAGCGGAGCAAGUUCAGGAGGUUGGGGACGUUGACGGUCUCACAAAGUCAAGCCUUGCUGUUUUCUGUGGCGCCUGAUGACUCGCACAGAGAAUAAGCAAUCGUCGUCCAUCCGGGAUCUUCGAAGAAACCGUGGCUCUGCGGCAGUUGCUGCCUGUAGUCUUAUCGGCGCUGCACGGACAGGAGGAGCAGGUGGAAACCUGCAGUCAUUUUUUUUUGCAGGAGGAGCCACAUCGCCACGACCGUUUUCAGUUUCAUCGUCAAGAUUUGCGUUUUCCUUUCGACGGCGUUGAUGUGACGAACCAGGGUACAUCAACAAAAAACAACAUCAAUCUUCCACCCGUGUCCAGCGGGGGCGCGUCGUCUGCUGAAGUAACUGUAGCACCAGCUUCCGCGACUGUUCGUGGCGUCCCACGUCAAGAAGGUGAACGAACACUCCCGCACCUUUUUCAAAGCCAUUGUUACUGCAUCAUCGUCACGACCACUUUUCAGAGGCAGAUUCAUCUGUCGGAACUUUCUGCCAUUUCCAUCUGGGAGGAAGUGGACGGUGACGCACCAUGACGGCAAGCCGAGUCUCCCGCGGCGGCGACGACGGUGGGAUCAUGCUUGGCCCAUCCUGGACAGGGGACACAUCACAGGAUCUUCACGAUUUUGCUGCAACUCUUGAGGACGAUCGACAGAUCUGCGGAUCCGGACGAACGAGCAGGAUCCCACAAACAGCAGGGGUUGGGGUUGUCCCACCGUCCCCGGCGAGUUCACAAAGAUUAGAAGCGCAGGUGGAGCACCAGCAUCGUGGAGGCCGCGAAUCACGAAGUCGUCCUCAACAACGUCAACAUGCGGAUCCCGAUGAAGAGAUCUUCUAUACGCUGCGACUCGUAGUCGGGUUAUCGGGUGAUGUGUGUGCGCUGCCGGACGCUUUGCCAGCAUCCACAAAGGUAAAGGACGUACUAGCCGACGUCGCCAAGUUGGUACACGCGAUGGGAUUCGUGCGACACCCGGUGCCUGUCUCCUUGUGCGUGCUGUUUCAUCGAGAAACCGGCGCUGUGCUUGAAAGCGAGGACCUGCUGCUUGACACCUGCGAUUUCCAAUGUGGCUUCUGUAUACGGACCCUCCCAGAAUUCUCCGCAUUGUGCUGCGGUAUGUAAACAUAGUUUUAGCUCGUUUAGUCAUAAGGAUAAGUUUUUUUGAACAACUUCAAGUGAUAAAAUAAUUAGGCUGGUGCAGUGUAUCAGAUCUUCGAACUCGAAGUCGAACAAAUUUGCUGAUCAGGAUGAACAGAGACGGGCUCUUGCUAGUACUUCCUAGCGGGGGUUGUGACCGCUAGCUAAGUGGUACGUUAUACUUGGAGUAGAAAUUCUCUGAUAUCCAGGUCUACUCUUGUUUUCAGGUCCCCAAGAGUUUUUGUGGCGCGAGCUCGUAAAGAGCGCGAAUGAGGAAGAGAAGUGCCGGGUGAUCAUUUUUCACAUGUUCGACUCGAAUUUGAACGCGGUUGACCAGGCGACGGCGUACUCCACCCGGAACACGAUUUUUACCUACAUCUUUGAGUGCUUGGAGCCCUUCCUGGACCUGGGCUGGCCGCAGGUGCGCGACCGGUUGUGCACCCUCCUGCAGUGCUUGCUGGAGUCCGAGCGCGUGUCCUUGUCGACGAUGCUGCACCGCAACUCGCAUCAGGAGAACUUUUUCUCGUUGCUGCAGCGACGCUUCCUUCCGGCCAACACCGACGGCGGGUUGAUUGCAGACUUUUUGCUCACGAAGGUAAUCGGACAAUGCUACUACCUCAGUGACAUCGUGGAGAGAAACCCUUGCGCCGGCGGCCGGGCGACGCCACCAUCACCUGCAUUUACCCACACCUUCUCAUCUACCAACCUGGCCCACGCCGUGGACAGCUGCAAAAUGUUGCUCGUUCGAUGA